CUAACUGCCAUCAGCUAGCAGCAGCAGCACCAGAAAGAGCAGCAGACGCAGCAGCAGCAGCAGCAGCAGCAGCAACAACAGCAGCAGCAGCAGCAGCAACAACAGCAGUAGCAGCAGCAGAAGAAGGAGCAGCAGCAGCAGCAGCAGCAGCAGCGGCAGCAGCAGCAGGAGCAGCAGCAAUAGUGGGAGCAGCAGCAGUAGCUACAGGCAUCCCCAUCGUCCCCUCCUCUUUGAGCCGCCGCGGCUUGCAGUUGCACAGCCGCGUUGUGGAGGGCGCCCACGUGGCGGCCGCACCAACCCUCAGGGAGGGGGUGGAGGUGGCGGUUGUGGGGGCAACGGAGCCGGCGACGGUGGUGGCGGGGUCGAGGGUGGCAGCAGUGGUGGUGGUGGUGGCAGUGGUGGCUCAUCUGGUAGCCGUGGAGAGUAGGGCAUGUGACCAUCCUCGCUCUGCUCCCCGCUCCUCCUCCUCUGCGAGCCGCUGCGCAUCUACCAUGACCUGCUUUCCGCGCUCCACCAUUUCCUGCUUCUGUAUGCUCGCAUGCGUGCUGGCUCUAGCUUCGCCCCACCCGACUCCGCGGUUUCUGCCGCCCCGCCUCUCAUCCGCGCGCCCUCGCCACGCUCACCUGCCGCCCAUCCGCCGCGAGGUACGGCGCAUCACCGCAACGGCGACUUACCCCGACAGCGCCGUGGGACCCCUCUGCGCGGACGCCUCGCCUCCUCCACGGCCGCGCCGCAUCCGCCACGCGCUGCUGCCCGUCUCCUCCGCCAACGGCUCCCGUGCCUCCGCCUCCGCGGCAUGGCGGCGGCAGCGACUGCUGCUCCCUGCACGCGGGGCGCGGCAGCACGAGCGCGGCAGUGAGCGCGGCGAGCGAGCCGUGGAACCGCGCGGGCACGUGCAGCAGCGGGUCGAGGGGCGGCGGCGGCUGGCGGGGCUGUGGCGGGGGAGGAGGUGGCGGCGACCGCGGAGGAAGGCGUGGGAGCGACGGCUGAAGCAGCAGAAGCCGUGGGUGCGCGAUGCACGGCGGUACCUGCACACCGGGGAUAGCACGGGCAGCAGCACACUCACCACAUCGCUGGCCUAUGAGAACCUGACACGCGUCAACUUGAACCCGUUUGACAAGCUGCACCCCAGGAAGGGCAGGAGGGACGUGCUGCUGGGGUGCCGCGGGGCUCCUUGCCCGCGCAUGCAGCGCUGCCACCACGGCAACGCGCUGCCGCCGCUGUCCCAGGGUGCGGUGGUGCGCAGCUGCUACGAUCCCGGCGUGGGCGAGGAGGCAGCGCGCGCAGUGGAGGCGCCGGUGAACUGCCCGCGCAUCAGGGCGGCGGGGGGAGCGACGCGGUUCGACCCGGCGUGCUCGCAUGCUGAGGACGACCUGGCGGUGGGGCCGUGGGGCAGCCAGGUGGUGGUGCUGGAGAACGUGUGGGUCAACGCCCGCGGGCAGGCCUUCAACCACCACCUCUACUUCGACCGAGGGGGGUGCGGCAGCGACCAUGAGUUCGUGCACGCGGCGGGCACGGCGGUGCGCGAGUACAGCGCGGUGGUGAACCUGGCGCACUGGAACACGUGGCAGUUCUACCACGGGCUCGUGGAGCUGGUGCCGCUCUUCCUCGCCCUGCACGCGCUGCGCCAUAACAUCAAAGGCCUGCCCGUCGCCUUGCAGCUGCUGCAGGUGGAGUUCUUUGAGCAGGUGGGGUCGUUCGUGCUGGGGCUGGACGCCAUUGAUCUCAACGCCAGGGUCAUUCCCAACGACCAACUCUUCUUCGCCAGGCGCCUCUACCAGCCUGUGUACGCAUGGUGUGGCCGCCCCUCGCCCUCCCUGUGGCACCGCCUGCGCCACAACCACCUGCUGCCGCCUAACGGCCUCCCCAUGCUGCGCCCUGAUUGGUCCGUGGCCCGCCGGGCACCGUUCUCACUGUCACAAGCGGGCGCCUCCCCCCCGGGCGACUGGGUUGUGGUGGUGGCACGGCGAGUGGCGUCGCGAGCGCUGGAGGGGCACGAUGCCCUGGUGCAGGGGGUGAGGGCCAUGGUGGGGGGCGGGCAAAGGGGGGAGGAGGGGGAGAACAGGGAGCGAGUGGUGGAGUUUGAUGGGUCACUGGAUAUCAGUGCCGCCCGCCCCAUCUUCCGCCGAACACUGCUGUUCAUCGGGGUGCACGGGGCGGCGCUGACGAACCUCAUCUUCAUGCAACCUAAUGCCACAGUGGUGGAGCUGCGGCCGAGAGGCAUGGCGAAUGCGUGCUACCACCACCUGUGUGGAGCGUGCGGCGUGCAGUACUACCUGGUGCUGUGCGAGGGUGGCAAGGACACCCAUACAACGUGUGACAUGGAUCAGGUGAUAGGCGCCGUUGAGGAAGCGUGGAGGGGAGUGGGAGACAGCUUUGGCCUUUGAUCAACUCAUGCUGCCAUACCCUUCCUGUUUCACCUCGAGAUCUGUGUGGGCACCUUUUUGGGUUGCGGAGCAAACCUUUCCGAUCGAUUUCGAGAGUGUUAGUUUUUUUUUUUUUUUUUUUUUCCAUCUUUUAUUACCGUAUUUAACAAAAAAGGCAAGUUGAAUAAACUUUGGAUGAUACUGCAUGUCGUGCCAGGAUUGUGUUGGUGAUGAUAGUGUUAGAGCGUAUUCCUAACA